AGAAGAAAAACACAGAGCCACCGCGAACCGACAGGCAGCAAACGACGUCGUUUUCUGAAGAGGAAAAACAAAGAAAAACCACAAAUCCCUAGCACGUUCUAGUUGAUUCGUUGUAUUCGUCUUCACUGAUUCCUCUUCUGUAGAGAUCUAACGAAUUGUUGUUCGCGUAAUUCAUUUCGUUUACUUGAUUGUUCGCAUACGGAUCCCCCCUGGCCCCUGCAGAGCUAAUCGUUGUGCAUAUUUACAAUUUCAAAUUGUUCAAUAAGUGCUUCUGAAUUCUCUUAGAAGCCAUGAGUUUUGUAUUCCGAGGAACAAGAGGUGAGCUGGAAACCGGAUUUCCAGGACUUAUUCCCGAGCGACGUGCAGUGAGGGUUCAUGCUGCCCGGCCAGUCAAUUCAAAUUCCCUUGCUUUUCUUGUCACAGUGCUUCUGCUGUUUAUGAUAUUGAAUUCGCACCAAAUGUCGCCCAAUUUUCUGCUUUGGCUGGUGCUCGGCGUCUUUCUAAUGGCAACAACUUUGAGGAUGUACGCUACUUGUCAACAACUGCAAGCUCAAGCACAGGCUCACGCUGUUGCGGCUAGCGGCCUUCUUGGCCAUACCGAAUUGCGACUUCACAUGCCACCGUCAAUAGCACUUGCAACUCGAGGAAGGCUGCAAGGUCUCAGACUCCAGCUUGCGCUUCUUGACAGAGAAUUCGAUGAUUUGGAUUAUGAAACAUUGAGAGCCCUCGAUGUUGACAAUGUUCCGACUGCCUCUAUGACCGACGAAGAGAUUAAUGCGCUUCCCGUUCACAAGUAUAAGGCGUCCGACACCCAAAGUGUUGGAUCAUCACUGCAGCAUGCAUCUUCUUCAGCCUCACCUGAGGUGCAGAAGAAGCAAGACCUCAAUAAUCAACAAACUGGAACAAAGACGGGCGACCAAGAACUGACCUGUAGUGUUUGCUUGGAGCAAGUUAAUGUCGGAGAACUCAUCCGGACGUUGCCAUGCCUGCACCAGUUCCACGUGAAUUGCAUAGAUCCAUGGCUGCGCCAGCAAGGAACUUGCCCGGUCUGCAAAUUCCGAGCAGGGCCGGGGCAGGGAGAACUCAACGGCGACGCCUCCAAUAUGGUAUAAGUUUUCUUGUUCACAUAUUCAUUAGCACUAUGUGAACUGUGUGUAUAUAUAUAUAUAUAUAUAUGCCUAUAUAUCUAUAUGUGCAUCUAUCUGCUGCUGCCAAUUGUGUUCCUGAUUAUGAAUUUGGAUGCAUAUGUGAAUAAUGAAAUGUGUUUAAUUUGUUUUAAGAAA